AUGUCCAUCAUCCUUGAAGACAACCAGCCACCUGGGUUCCUACGUCUCGGACCCACAUGGUAUCAUGAGAUUCCCUUUUUACCCCAUGGAUGGGAGACAACGAAUGAUCGGGGAUCUGGGUCACUCAAGCAUGCAGCAAUGAAAGCACUGCUGCGAGACCAGUCAGCACUGAAGCCUGAGCUGUUUGAAUACGUUCACUGGUAUCUGGCAAAAUAUCUUUGGGAUGCCCUCAAAAAGUGCAACAAGCAGACAAUGCACAUGUGGAAAAUAAUGGCCAGCGUCUAUCCUGCACAAUUCCAUGAAGUUAGUCCCUACUACUGCCUCAAUGCUGGCUGUCCCAAAAAGCCACUGAGAGACUAUUUGGGUAUUCUCAACAGCGAUGACUUUCGCUGGCGUGCAAUUUUAACGAUUGCAACCACAUACUGUACUGCCACAGACCUGACUGCUAUACCAAACAUCAAGAAUUUGGUUGCCUUAGACAUUUACAGUGAGCCGUACACAUCAAAUCUGGCCCCAUUGGAUCCAAUGGGCAUUAGCAAUGACGGUCUCCCCUUGCAAGAUGGAUUUGUGCGUGGUUGGAUUGAAUCAAACGCACUACAGCACCUCCGCAUUCUCAGGCUCUACCACCAACGCGAACUGACCGUUGCGGCACUAAGAGCUCUGCGUGAACUGCCAGAGCUCCAACUCGUUGUGGCAUACGAGUGUAAGAACAUUACAGAGAUGUUUGAAAAAUACGAUAAACCCGUCAAUGGUGUCAUUCCCAUAAAGGGAUGGUCGGCCUGCAGACUCGAUUGGUUCUGGGAAACCCACGGAACGUCAAAGACAAUUGAUGAUAAUCUCUUGGCCUUGCUUCAUGUGUACGAGUCUAGUCUCCAGAUACCUGGAGACGAGCAUUCGAGAAGACCAUCCUCCCUAUCUACGAAUCUCCCGAUUUUGGAGUUCAAACUACCAACUGUCGACCAUAGUAGAAGAGACAGGAUUGUUAUUCGCUCUCGCUAUAAUGCGAAGUCGAUCGUAUUGUUUACUCGAGAUCCUGUUAAGCAACGAUUUGAUAUUGAGAAACAGAAACGCGCAAGGGAGAAGAAGCGGACUGAACCACCUGAAAGGGGAGACCGUCCUGCUAAGCGAGCAGUCAUGAAAGAGAGGGGAUCGAUGGACAUCUCGGAGACUUUGAAUCAGUUCUUUUGA